AUGCGUGUUCAAGAUCUUUCACACAAUCUGAAAUACGUAAAGACAUACCUGGACCCAUCUUCCUUGAGUACACGACCUCUGAACUCAUUCAACCGCAACAGCAAUAUCCCAGUAAGAACAGGAACGGCUCAAGACUUCUGCACUCUCUCAGAAUUUGUUUCAUCUCUCUUUAUGAUGAGAUUAGGGUUAGAGAACGUGUAUGAUGAGAGUAGGGCAUCAAGCUUAUAUAAGGCUAGGUCAAGUCGUCUCUACUCAUCACCGAGGGCCGACUUGACUAAUCUGCCAAGCCCACCAAAACGGUUCACGCCAAAAAGGAAUAAAUAG